AUGGGGGAGGGGGGAGGUACUGCAAGCUCAUCUGAGCACACUACAACCGGAACACCCAGUACUUCAGAAAAAGCAGCCCAUGUUCCAGAAGCAACUCCAACAUACACAGAAGCAAAUGAAGUUGCUGGUGAAGCAGCUAUGUGGGGCAAGGGCGAGUACAAAGCUCUCAACGGCCACAUCUUUUCCUUCGAGUCUGAGUGCACAUUCACUUUCUGCCGCGAUUGUGCUGAGUCUAGAGAAGACUUCAAUAUUGAGGUCAAAAAGGACAAGAAUGGUGAUAUUGAAGAAAUCAAAGCUCUGAUUGAUGAUGUUGGGAUCUUGGUGGUGCGAGAUACUAUUUCUGUCAAUGAAGAAAGGGUACAGAUACCAUUCAGCAAUAAGAUGAUUCAUAUUAAGAAGCAAGGUGACCACUAUGUUCUCAAAACCCGCAGAAGAAUCUUGUCUCUAAGAUGGGGCAAAAACAAAUUGUCACUCACUCUUUAUAGCCGAUAUAAAACCUGUGGCCUUUGCGGUAACUUCAACAACACUCCAGGUGAGACGUGACAAGAUUGUGAAGAUAUUAAUGAGCACAUUGCCAAUAGUAAAAUCUCCAAUGACUGCCCCAGUGCUUCGAGUAGGAGCAACGAAGUCUGCGAGGAUGGCAUCCAGUAUUGUGACAAAAUUAUUGGAACAUAUUUUGAGAAAUGUACAAAAGUUUCCCCUUUAUCCAGCGAGUACAAAAAGGUGUGUGUUGAUGAGUACUGUCGAACCGGAGGGGGCAAGCAGACUACAUGUGACACCUACUCGGAACUGGCCCGCCUGUGUGCCUAUGAUGGUCCUGGUGACUUUGAACCCUGGCGAGAUGACUCUGCUGUGGUUUGUGCAAAGCAACAAUGUCCAGGAAAGCACAUCUACAAAGAAUGUGGACCUUCAAAUCCCCCAACGUGCUCUAAUGUGGCUCCAUUUCAAGACAGUGAAUGCGUGAGUGGCUGCACCUGUCCAGAAGGUUACCUUUUGGAUGACAUCAGAGAGAAAGGAAAGUGUGUAUUAAAGGAAAGAUGCCCCUGUGAAUCUAAUGGAAAAGUGUAUAAGCCAGGAGAAGUCCGAGAAGGCCCCUGUGGCUCUCAGUGCACAUGCCAAGAAGCUAAGUGGUCUUGCACUGAAGCUCAAUGUCCUGGGAGAUGUAAAGUGGAAGGGAGCACAUUUACCACUUUUGAUGACAAUAGAUUUAGCCACCCUGGAGACUGUCACUUUUUGGCUGUCCAUAAUGAUGAAAUUUCUAUUAGCGUGAAGAUCCAACCAUGCGGGGAUGGUCAGACAGGAUCGUGCUUAACUAGUGUUAUGGCUCUCCUGAAUUCUUCAACUUCAGGUAACAGAUUUGUGUUCAACCGUGAUGGGACAGUCACAAAGGAUGGAGUUAUAAUUAAAGGUUACUACUAUUCAGACGGUGUGCAGAUCUUCAAUUCAUCUUCUUUGUACAUGCAAGCAGAAAUAUUCUCUCACAUAAAAAUGCAAAUACAAAUGGCUCCUAAGAUGCAAUUGUAUAUAUCCUUGGCUCCUAACACAUUCACAGACACUGUAGGUCUUUGUGGUUCCUUCAACAAUAAGGCAGAAGAUGAUUUCAUGUCAAGUCAGAAUAUUCUGGAAAGCACAGCUCAGGCAUUUGCUAACUCCUGGGAGAUGAUGCCUUGCCCUAAUGGAAGCCCCUCUUCCUGUGUCAGCAUUGAAACAGAGAAGUUUGCUGAAAGUCACUGUGAGAUUCUUCUCAGUUCAAGUGGGCCUUUUGCUGCCUGUCAUCAAACUGUCAACCCCAAAUUCUAUCAUGAGGAAUGCAGAAAAUAUACGUGCUCUUGUAAAAAUGGUCAGGAUUGCCUGUGUACAGUCCUGGGGAACUAUGUGAAAGCAUGUGCUGAGAAAGAAAUAUACCUCGUGGGCUGGAGAGAUGGACUGUGUGAGGUGUCUUGUCCAAGUGGUCUUGUUUUCAAUUACAAAGUGAAAACCUGCAACAGUUCUUGCCGAUCCCUGUCGGCGCGAGACCGAAGCUGUGAUAUAGAGGACGUUCCAGUUGACGGAUGCACUUGCCCCGAUGGGAUGUACCAGAAUAACGAAGGGAACUGUGUUCAGAAAUCUGAGUGUGACUGCUAUGUUAAUGAUGAGAUCGUGCAGCCUGGCAAAUCGAUCCUUAUUGAUGACAAUAAAUGUGUCUGUCAGGAUGGAGUACUUCAUUGCCAAACUCCCCUUGAUUUAACCCUACAAAACUGUUCCAGAGGGGCUGAAUAUAUAGACUGCAAAGAUCCCAAGGCACAGAGAAGAACAGAAAGGACAUGUGCUACCCGGAACAUACCUGAUUUUGAGGGUGACUUGCCUUGCAAACGUGGGUGCUACUGCCCUGUAGGAAUGGUCCGUAACUCUAAAGGGAUAUGUAUACAUCCUGAUGACUGUCCCUGCUCUUUUGGUGACAGAGAAUAUGAACAAGGCAGUGUUACUUCUGUUGGCUGCAAUGAGUGUACUUGCAUACAGGGGUCUUGGAACUGUACCCAGAAUGAGUGUCAAUCAACUUGCCACGUCUAUGGAGAAGGACAUUUUAGAAGUUUUGAUGGAGAAAGUUACAGCUUCGAUGGGCUCUGCCAGUAUACAUUCGUUGAGGAUUAUUGUGGCCAAGAAAAUGGCACAUUCCGUAUUUUAAUUGAGAGUGUCCCCUGCUGUGAAAACGGGCUUACGUGCUCCAGAAAAGUCAUCGUGACUUUCCAGGAUCAGAACAUCAUCUUACAAGAUGGCAAAGUAACAGCAGUUCAAACUGCAGAAAGUACAGAUUGCAGCGAGCGCAAUGCAAACCCAUACUCCAUCCACACGGUUGGCCUGUACCUGAUUGUGAAGCUUCAGAAUGGAAUCAUCCUGAUUUGGGACAAAUACACAAAAGUAUCAGUUAUUCUGGACCCAAGCUGGCAGAACAAAGUGUGCGGUCUUUGUGGAAAUAACAAUGGUGAUCUUAAGGAUGACUUCACAACAAGGCACUCUUCAGUAGCUGCAGGAGCCCUGGAAUUUGCAAACAGCUGGAAAACAACUCAGGAAUGUUCAGAUACAGUAACUCAGAGCUUCCCGUGUGACUCGAAUCCAUAUUGCAAAGCCUGGGCUGAGAAGAGAUGUGAAAUUCUCAGGGAUAAUACCUUCAGGGACUGCCACAGCAAGGUGGACCCCACAACUUACUACAAUGCAUGUAUUGAAGAAGCCUGUUCAUGUGACAUGGAGGGCAAGUACCUUGGCUUCUGUACUGCCGUGGCAAUGUAUGCAGAGGCGUGCAAUGCAGCUGGAGUCUGUGUCUCAUGGAGAAAGCCAAACCUCUGCCCGGUGUACUGCGACUACUACAAUGCCCCCGGGGAGUGCAGCUGGCACUAUGAACCUUGUGGUACAGUGACAGCCAAAACGUGCAAAGAUCAGGUCAUUGGCCAGAAGUUUUCUUCACUUUUAGAAGGCUGCUAUGCCAAGUGUCCAGAAAGUGCGCCCUAUCUGGAUGAGAACACUAUGAAAUGUGUCCAGUUAUCGGAGUGUAGCUGUUUCUACAACGAUGUCAUACCAGCAGGGGGCACUGUUGUGGAUGACUGUGGAAGAACAUGCUCCUGUUCUGCCGGUGAACUGGAAUGCAGCGAAACACCUGUAAAUUCAACAACAACAGUUUCUACAGCCACCACUACUUCCAUAUUAAGCACAUCAGCAGCAGUGACAACGGGGGCCAGCAGCUCGACCUCAGGAUCUGUGGAAAGCCCAGUUCCUUCAAGCACCUCAGGCGAUGCAGCAUCCAGGGCUACAACAGCAGACACCACCAGGACAACCUCUAAUGGAAACUCAGCUUCUGCCUCCACAGUUGGAAUAGGAGGCAGCCCAACAAGCUCUAGUACAAGCCCAGGUCCUGCUGUUUCCACCUCUGGGGGACAGAGUAGCAAAACAUUGCCAGCUAGAACCUCUGCUCCUGCUGCCACCUCCACAGCUGGCACAAGUGGCCUGAAUGCACUCUCCAAUGCAACUUCAGCUCCUGUCUCCACAUCUGGACCGCCUGGAAGUACCCCAUCAGAAUCUGCUAGCCCCUCAACCAAUGCAGCCUCCACUGCUGUGAGUGAAGGCACCAGCAAGGCAGUCUCGAAUGAAACCUCAGCUCCUGCCUCCACAGCUGCCACUACAAGACCUGCCACCACUGUGGGCCCUGCUGCAAGCUCAACUGCUGAUGUCUUUAUAGCUGAAAGAGAUGGUACCACGUCAGGCCCAGGUGUGACCCCUGCUCUUGCUAGUUCCACAACUGGGGGAGCUGGAACCACCACCCCAGUAGGUUCUGCUGGGACCACUGCUCCUGCUGCCUCCUCCACAACUCCCAGAGAAGGCACCAGCUCAGCUGCUUCAAGUGGAACUUCUCCUCCUCCCUCCACAACUGGAGUAGCAGGCAGCCCCACAGGCUCUAGUGCAAGUCCUGGCCCUGCUGUUUCCACCUCUUGGAGACCUGGAAGCACAGAGGGAACUGCUAGAAGUUCCACGCCUGCUGCGUCCACGGCUGAGUCAAGUGGGCUUAGAGGAGUCUCUAAUGCGACUUCAGCUCUUGUCUCCACAGCAGGAGAGCCUGUUAGGACCCCAACAGAACCACCUAGCAACUCACUCAAUGCAGCCUCCUCUACUGAGAGAGCAGGUAACACUACUGCAGCCUCCAAUGAACCCUCAGCUCCUUCCUUCACAGUUGCACCUACAACCCCUGCCACCACAGUAGGCCCUGUUGCAAGCUCAAGCUCAGCUCCAGGUACCUCCAAAUCUGAGACAGGUGGAACCACCUCAGGCCCAGCUGUGACCCCAGCUGUUGCUAGUUCCACAUCUGGGGGAGCUAGAACCACCACCCCAGUAGGUUUUGCUGGGACCACUGCUCCUGGUGCCUCCUCCACAACUCUCAGAGAAGGCACCAGCGCAGCUGCCUCGAGUGGUACUUCUCCUCCUCCGUCCACAUCUGGAGUAGCAGGCAGCCCAACAGGCUCUAGUGCAAGUCCUGGCCCUGCUGUUUCCACCUCUGGGGGACCUGGAAGAACAGAGGGAACUACUAGAAGUUCCAUGCCUGCUGCGUCCACGGCUGGGUCUAGUGGGCUUAGAGGAGUCUCUAAUGCGACCUCAGCUCCAGUCUCCACAGCUGGACAGCCUGUUAAGAUCCCAGCAGAGCAUGCUAGCACCUCACCCAAUGCAGCCUCCACUACUGAGAAAGCAGGUACCACUAGGGCAGCCUCUAAUGAAAGCUCACUUCCUGCUUCUACAGCUGCAUCUACAACACCUUCCACAACGUUAGGACCAGCUGCAAGCUCAAGCUCGGCUCCAGGUAUCUCCAAAUCUGAGACAGCUGGAACCACAUCAGGCCCAGCUGUGACCCCAGCUUCUAUUAGCUCAACAUCUCGGAGAGCUGAGACCACCACCACAUUGGCUUCUGCUGGAACCUCCUCUGCUAAUGCCUCCUCCACAGCUGUAAGUGAAGGCACCACCACAGCUGCCUCGAAUGCACCUUCAACUUCUGCUUCCACAUCUGCAAGAGCAGGCAGCUCACCAAGUUCUAGUGCAAGUCCAGGUCCUGCUGUCUCCACCUCUGGGGGACAGGGUAGCACAACAUUGCAAGCUAGAAGCUCUGUUCCUGCUGCCACCUCCACAGAUGGCACAAGUGGCCUGAAUGCACUCUCCAAUGCAACUUCAGCUCCUGUCUCCACAUCUGGACAGCCUGGAAGUACACCAUCAGAAUCUGCUAGCCCCUCAACAAAUGCACCCUCCACUGAUGUGAGUGAAGGCACCAGCAGGGCAGGCUCGAAUGAAACCUCAGCUCCUGCCUCCACAGCUGCCACUACAAGACCUGUCACCACUGUGGGCCCUGCUGCAAGCUUAAUUCCUGAUGUCUUGAUAGCUGAAAGAGAUGGUACCACCUCAGAUCGAGGUACCUCCAAAUCUGAGACAGCUGGAACCACCUCAGGCCCAUCUGUGACCCCAGCUUCUAUUAGCUUUACAUCUCGGAGAGCUGCGACCACCAUCCCAGUGGCUUCUGCUGGAAUCUCUGCUACUGCUGCCUCCUCCACAGCUGUAAGAGAAGGCACCACCACAGCUGCCUCAAAUGCACCUUCAGCUUCUGCAUCCACAUAUGGAGGAGCAGGCAGCACAUCAAGCUCUAGUGCAAGUACUGGCCCUGCUGUUUCCACCUCUGGGAGACCUGGAAGCACUGAGGGAACUGCUAGAAGUUCCAUGCCUGCAGCGUCCACGGCUGGGUCAAGUGGUCUUAGAGGAGUCUCUAAUGCGAACUCAGCUCCUUUCUCCACAGCUGGACAGCCUGUUAGGACCCCAACAGAGCCUGCUAGCACCUCACCCAAUGCAGCCUCCACUACUGAGAGAGCAGGUACCACUAGGGCAGCCUCUAAUGAAAGCUCACCUCCUGCUUCCACAGUUGCACCUACAACCCCUGCCACAACAGUAGGCCCUGCUGCAAGCUCAAGCUCAGCUCGAGGUACCUCCCAAUCUGAGACAGCUGGAACCACCUCAGGCCCAUCUGUGACCCCAGCUUCUAUUAGCUCUACAUCUGGGAGAGCUGCGACCACUACCACAUUGGCUUCUGCUGGAACCUCUGCUGCUGCUGCCUCCUCCACAGCUGUAAGUGAAGGCACCACCACAGAUGCUUCGAAUGCACCUUCAACUUCUGCUUCCACAUCUGCAAGAGCAGGCAGCUCACCAAGUUCUAGUGCAAGCCCAGGUUCUGCUGUCUCCACCUCUGGGGGACAGGGUAGCAUAACAUUGCCAGCUAGAAGCUCUGCUCCUGCUGCCACCUCAACAGCAGGCACAAGUGGCCUGAAUGCAGUCUCCAAUGCAACUUCAGCUCCUGUCUCCACAUCUGGACAGCCUGGAAGUACCCCAUCAGAAUCUGCUAGCCCCUCAACCAAUGCAGCCUCCACUGCUGUGAGUGAAGGCACCAGCAGUGCAGCCUUGAAUGAUACCUCAGCUCCUGACUCCACAGCUGCCACUACAAGACCUGCCACCACUGUGGGCCCUGCUGCAAGCUCAACUGCUGAUGUCUUUAUAGCUGAAAGAGAUGGUACCACGUCAGGCCCAGCUGUGACCCCAGCUGUUGCUAGUUCCACAUCUGGGGGAGCUGGAACCACCACCCCAGUAGGUUCUGCUGGGACCUCUGCUCCUGCUGCCUCCUCCACAACUCCCAGAGAAGGCACCAGCUCAGCUACUUCAAGUGUAACUUCUCCUCCUCCCUCCACAUUUGGAGUAGCAGACAGCCCAACAGGCUCUAGUGCAAGUCCUGGCCCUGCUGUUUCCACCUCUGGGGGACCUGGAAGAACAGAGGGAACUGCUAGAAGUUCCACGCCUGCUGCGUCCACGGCUGUGUCUAGUGGGCUUAGAGGAGUCUCUAAUGCGACCUCAGCUCCGGUCUCCACAGCUGGACAGCCUGUUAGGACCCCAGCAGAUCAUGCUAGCACCUCACCCAAUGCAGCCUCCACUACUGAGAGAGCAGGUACCACUAGGGCAGCCUCUAAUGAAAGCUCACCUCCUGCUUCCACAGUUGUACCUACAGCUUCUGCCACCACAGUAGGCCCUGCUGCAAGCUCAAGCUCAGAUCGAGGUACCUCCAAAUCUGAGACAGCUCGAACCACCUCAGGCCCAUCUGUGACCCAAGCUUCUAUUAGCUCUACAUCUGGGAGAGCUGUGACCACCACCCCAUUCGCUUCUGCUGGAAACUCUGCUGCUGCUACCUCCUCCACAGCUGUAAGUUCUGCUGGGACCUCUGCUCCUGCUGCCUCCUCCACAACUCUCAGAGAAGGCACCAGCGCAGCUGCCUCGAGUGGAACUUCUCCUCCUCAGUCCACAUCUGGAGUAGCAGGCAGCCCCACAGGCUCUAGUGCAAGUCCUGGCCCUGCUGUUUCCACCUCUGGGGGACCUGGAAGCACAGAGGGAACUUCUAGAAGUUCCACGCCUCCUGCAUCCACGGCUGAGUCAAGUGGGCUUAGAGGAGUCUCUAAUGCGACUUCAGCUCCUGUCUCCACAGCUGGACAGCCUAUUAUGACCCCAUCAGAGCCUGCUAGCACCUCACUCAAUGCAGCCUCCACUACUGAGAGAGCAGGUACCACUAGGGCAACCUCUAAUGAAAGCUCACCUCCUGCUUACACAGUUGCACCUACAACUUCUGCCACCACAGUAGGCCCUGCUGCAAGCUCAAGCUCAGCUCAAGGUACCUCCAAAUCUGAGACAGCUGGAACCACCUCAGGCCCAUCUGUGACUCCAGCUUCUAUUAGCUCUACAUCUGGGAGAGCUGCGACCACCACCCCAUUGGCUUCUGCUGGAACCUCUGCUGCUGCUGCCUCCUCCACAGCUGUAAGUGAAGGCACCACCACAGCUGCCUCGAAUGCACCUUCAGCUUCUGCUUCCACACCCGGAAGAACAGGCAGCUCACCAAGUUCUAGUGCAAGCCCAGGUCCUGCUGUCUCCACCUCUGGGGGACAGGGUAGCACAACAUUGCCAGCUAGAAGCUCUGCUCCUGCUGCCACCUCCACAGCUGGCACCAGUGGCCUGAAUCCACUCUCCAAUGCAACUUCAGCUACUGUCUCCACAUCUGGACAGCCUGGAAGUACCCCAUCAGGAUCUGCUAGCCCCUCAACUUAUGCAGCCUCCACUACUGUGAGUGAAGGCACCAGCAAGGCAGCCUCGAAUGAAACCUCAGCUCCUUCCUCCACCGCUGCACCUACAAGCUCUGCCACCACAGUGGGCCCUUUUGCAAGCUCAAGAACAGCUUCUGCUGCCUCAACACCUGAGACAUCUGGCACCACGUUAGCCCCAGUUGUAACCCCAGCUUUUGUUAGUUCCACAUCUGGGAGAGCUGCCACCACCACCCCAGUAGGUUCUAGUGGACCCUCUGCUCCUCCUGCCACCUCCACAGCUGGGACAAGUGGCCUGAAUGCACUCUCCAAUGCAACUUCAGCUCCCAUCUCCACAUCUGGGCAGUCUGGUAGUACCCCAUCAGAACCUGCUAGCCCCUCAGCCAAUGCAGUCUCCAUGACUGCAGAAGCAGGCACUACCAGUGUAGCCUCUCAUGACACUUCGGCUCCUUCCUCCCCAGUUGUGUCUACAAGACCUGCUACCACAAUAGGCUCUGCUACAAGCUCAAAAUUGUCUCUUGCUGCCUCCCCAACUGAGACAUCUGGCACCACAUCAGGUCCAUCUCUAACCUCAGCUUCUAGUAGUUCUAUAUCUGGCACUCAUGGCCUCAUUACAGUGCCUAUUUCAACCUCGUCUUUUGUUUCCAUAUCUGGACAUCCAAUUAGAACAUCAUCAUCAAUAUCCAGCUUUUCAAGUCAAUCACCCACUAAAAUAGUAGGUGAAGGAGGUCCUACUAUGCCAAUGCCUACUCAAGCAAACACCAGCACAGCCAGGGAACAAGGUCCUGGAGCUACCAGCCCAGCAAUCUCAGGGCCGACUGGAAUCCUAGCCAAAUCAAAUGUAACAACAGGAAGAACCACCAGUAUGCCAGUGCCAUCAAAACAACCUGUAGUAACAGAGGCUACAACUUCAACCAACAAUAGUGGCCCCACAACCACACAACCACACAGUGGGAGCACAACCACAGCAGGUUCCACCAGUGCAGUUGCGAGCGUGACUCAGGAAUCUGGAAACCCCAGCCAAGAAGCCACAACUUCCACAGGAGUCAGUGGAACCAGUGUCCCAGGAGGCAAUGCAGGGAAUGUGUGUAAAAUCACAGUGCACACUUUCCAAAUGUCCAUGUCCCAUGCUCUGCCCCAUCUCUGUUCAGAGGCUACAACUCUUAGACAGGUUGGAGAAUACACUGGAGUUAGAACAGCAACUCGUUCCACCUCGGUAGCACCUGGAGUCUCAACCAGCCCCAACAUAUCCCAGCCAGAAACCACUGCAAAAGCAGCAGAAAGUCAAGACACUGAGAAUAAAACAGUGUGUCCAAGCACGCUCCCACCAGCCCCAGUGUGUCACGGUCCACUGGGAGAAGAGAAAUCUCCUGGAGACAUAUGGAUAUCAAAUUGCCAUCAGUGUACCUGUACUGAAGCACAGACCAUAGAUUGCAAACCUAAAGAGUGUCCUUCUCCACCCACAUGCAAAGCUGGAGAGAAGCUAGUGACUUUCAAAUCGAAUGAUUCCUGCUGUGCGAUUGGCCACUGUGAACCAAGAACAUGUUUAUUUAACAAUACUGAUUAUGCGAUUGGUUCAUCCUUUGAUGACCCUAGCAACCCAUGUCUCUCCUACACCUGCAACACCACGGGCUUGGUGGCUGUGGUUCAAGACUGUCCAAAGCAAACAUGGUGCGCAGAAGGAGAGAGAGUCUAUGAUUCAAAUAAAUGUUGCUAUAAAUGUAAGAAUGACUGCAGGACUACCCCUGUGAACGUGACCAUUAAGUACAAUGGUUGUAGGAAGAGGCUCGAGAUGGCAAGAUGUGUAGGGGAGUGCAAAAGGACUGUCAAGUACAAUUAUGAGACCUUUCAAUUGGAGAAUUCCUGCCUUUGCUGCCGUGAGGAGAACUAUGAGUUCAGGGACAUUGCACUUGACUGUUCCGAUGGCAGCACCAUCCCUUACAGAUACAGGCACACUACCACCUGCUCAUGUCUGGACCAGUGUCAACAGUCUAAAGGCAGUUAAUGCCUGCAUUGGUAGUCCGGUUGCUCUUAUUUUAGAAGGAUCGAAAAAUAUCAUUAAAUAAUGAGAAUG